UUCACAGUAAACUCUUGGCUGAAUGGCACGUACUCAGAGCUGUUCUGAGCUGGAUUUAGAAGCUUUACAUUAAACUCUGGUAGCAUACUGAGACUCAGAUAACCACAGGACGCAGAAACAUAUGGAAACACUCCAAGGAGUUAUCUGCUGUGUGGUUUGACUGAGAAUCUUGGAUAAAAAAAAAAAUGGCCAGCCGAUACAUCAAGCACAAAUACCUGUGGAUUUAUGUUUUGAAUUAUGAGAAACUGUAGAAUAAAACAAAAAUGGAGAUUCCGCCUGUGGUGAAUUUGGACGGACACCAGUUUCAGACAGUUUUAGGAUCACACAAACUUUCAAGACAGGAUCUGUCCUCAGAAAACAGCUCACUGGACCACAGAGGGGAUGAUUGUGUCCCUGAACCUCAAAGGUGCUCACUGCAGGAGCCAGAUCAGGACAAGUUGAAGAAGAGUUUUGUCUGUGUCUUUCAUAACAACAUUGAAUUUCCCGGGGCUGUGUGCUUUGAGGAACCUGGACAACAGUCAGUCAUUCCUGGGCGAGCACCUCUGGACCCAAGUCCACUGGCCUCAGCACAGCUUCACGAAGCAGGUAUUCUGUUCACAUCACCUAGCUCAAAUGAAGGCUGCUGCGGUAACUUUCUACUUCCUGUUCCUGUCACAGAAGGCCAAUCAGACCAGGUGGUUCCUAAUCACGCUGGUCAGACAGUAGACUCAAACUGUGGAUGUGUAAAAACAGAGAUCCAGAAUUUAGGUUCAGUCUCAAAUAGCCAUAUCAAUCUAGACUCCACUCCUCCCCUCAUUGUCCCCACACCUGUGCCUGAUUCAAGCCAGAGAGUCCUGGAUCUACCACGCAUUGUGAAGCACAAACUGAGCUCCAUCACCUUUUCUGACAACACUUGUGGCACCAAAGACGACAACCAUGCUUUUGCCAAUGAGAGCUCAGAUGAUGGACAGUUUUCACCUGAAGAGGACGAUGAAGAGGAAGUGGAAGAGGAGGAGGAGGAGGAGGAGGAGGAGGAUGGUCACGAUGAUGGUGAUGAUGAUGACGAUGACGACGAUGACAAUGUGUUUCCAGAGCUGCCUCAGAGUAGAGACCUCCUUGUCAAUCAGAGACACAGGAGAAACGGCAAAGACAAACAGAAGAGGAGAGGGGCUGUGAGUGCCAGGGCAGAAACUGCUCACAUAGCCAGCAACAAUGGUUAUGAAGCAGAGGGGGAAACAAGCAGUAAGGAGGAGUCUCCACAAGUCAAGUCUCCCUGGUCAGAAUCAAUGAGGCACCUGAUGAGGAAACUGGACCAGCUUAAUCUGGACAUAGAGGAGGCCCUAAGUGCGAGCUCGUCCCCCUCCAACACACCCUGCACCACCCGCAAGAAACAGUGGGGUGCUGUUUCAAAGUCUACUUUAAACCAAACCCCGGACAACCAAGUUCUUCAAAGACCAGACAGAGGGGAAUGUCCGAGCCAAGACAGAUCUUCUGCUCCGCUCAGCGCCUCAAUGGGAACAAGAACAAGAACCAAGAAGACGAUGCUGAAGAUGAGCAAUGCAGCAGGUGCAGAAAUUGAGGCGAAAGAGGCGUGUGACUGGCUGAGGGCAGCAGGAUUUCCCCAGUAUGCUCAGCUCUUUGAAGAUUCCCAAUUCCCCAUUGACAUAACUCCUGUGAAAAGAGAUCACGACUUUCUGGACAAAGAUCUAGUGGAACCUCUUUGCAGGCGACUCAACACCUUGAACAAAUGCGCCUCUAUGAAACUUGACGUGAACCUUCCGAAGAAGAAAAGUGAAGACUCUGAUGAAGAAGACCUGUUUGCUAUCAGUGACAAAUGGACCUUUGAGUGGAGCAGCCGGCGUUGGUCCAGGUUACAGGACAUUGACUGUCUGUUGGGAAACCACAGAGAGGGUCAGCCCUUCAGGGACGGCGUGCCUCUGAGAACCACCACCAGCAGUGAGAGUGUUCUGACAGACCUCAGUGAGCCCGAGGUGUCUUCUUUGCACAGUGAGAGCAGCGGGGGCAGUGGUCAUAGGGGCCUCAGCACAGAAGACUCCGACUGCUCCAACCGCACGUGCUCGGAUUCUGCAGCAAUGCCAGACUCUACUUCUCUCACAAUGCCUCACAUCCCCAAAGAAAUUGCUCACUAUGGCUCACUACCUGAUAAGCAUGACAAGACAAGCCGCAUCCGUGCCAAAGAUUUCCUCAAGCGCAUGGAGACACUGCGAUCCCGAGGAACUCUGGGAAGGGGUCGUAAGACGCUAGUCAUCAGCUCUCCAGUGCUACAGCAGGAGGCCCAGGCACUGAAGACGCUGCAUUGUGUUGAGAUCACAAAUGGAGAUGGUGGGGCUCCAGAACCCUUGUCCAACAAAGCUCUUCCGUCCCAGUGUAGUAGUGAGGGUAGCAGCCACUCUAGUGGUAGCGCUGUCAGCACACCCAGCUUGAAAGAACGUAAGCCUCAUCGGGCUGACCACAAGCGCAGUGGCAUGUAUUUGGAGGACAUAGACAUCUUCUCAGGCACCCAGGUUAAUAAAGUCGCAGAACAAAACCGCAAAAAUGAAUUCUGCUCCUAUGAAGACCUAGUGGUCCACAUUCCUAAAGACCACAAGCCUGGAACCUUCCCUAAAGCACUGUCCAUAGAAAGCUUGUCCCCAACCAAUGGGGCCUCUAUUAACUGGCACACCGGCAGCAUGCAUCUGGACUCGCCACUAAUUUCAUGCAGAAAGGAGUCCAGGCCCGUCACCCAGUGCUGCUCCAGAGGUAGCCGCAUCAGUGUGUAUGAUAAUGUUCCCGGCUCACAUCUGUACGCUAGCACUGGAGACCUGAUAGACCUGGAGAAAGAGGACCUGUUUCCUCAUCUGGAUGAUAUCUUGUUGCAUGUCAGUGGUCUACAGCAGAUAGUGGACCACUGGUCUAAGAAUGUGUUGCCUGGAGGAGAAGGUCUUUUGCAGGUAGAUGGCAAGAGGGAAGAUGCGGUUGGGCUUCAGUCCUCUAGUCAAAUCACACUGGACUUUGAGGGAAAUUCAGUCACCGAAAGCCAGACCACACCUAGUGAUGGGGACAGAGACAGAGUAUCACUUGCUGAGACAGAAUCUACAAGGCUCAGGGAAAGGAGAGACUCAGGAGUGGGUGCUUCACUAACACGACCUAAUCGGUUACGAUGGCCCAGCUUUCAGAUAUCAAAUCGCCUAAGUCACUCAGUGGCAUCCCUGCAGAUUACCAACCAAUCAGCAGGCCAGCUGAGCUUGUUGCAGAAGUUUUCUCUGCUGCGUCUUACUGCAAUCAUGGAGAAGUACUCGAUGUCCAACAAACAUGGCUGGACUUGGUCUGUGCCAAAGUUUAUGAAGAGAAUGAAAGUACCAGACUAUAAGGAUAAGAAUGUGUUUGGAGUGCCUCUCAUAGUGCAUGUGCAGCGUUCUGGACAGCCCCUGCCUCUGGGCCUGCAGCAGGCCCUGCGGUACCUGAGAAGCCAGUGUCUUGACCAGGUGGGUCUCUUCCGUAAAUCAGGGGUGAAGUCUAGAAUUCAAGCUCUGAGGCAGAUGAAUGAGAGCUCUCCAGACAACGUGAACUAUGAGGAUCAGUCUGCCUAUGAUGUGGCCGACAUGGUGAAGCAGUUCUUCAGGGAUUUACCUGAGCCUCUGCUCACCAGCAAGCUGGGGGAGACCUUCCUCCAUAUCUACCAAUAUGUGCCAAAGGACCAAAGGUUGCAAGCUGUCCAAGCAGCCAUCAUGCUGAUGUCAGAUGAAAACCGAGAGGUGCUGCAGACCCUGCUCUGUUUCCUCAGCGAUGUCACUUCUUCUGUGGAGGAGAACCAGAUGACACCCAUGAACAUUGCUGUGUGUCUGGCCCCCUCCCUUUUCCAUCUCAACAUACUCAAGAAAGACAAUCUCUCACCAAGGGCCAUGCAGAAGAAGUAUGCCACUGGCAGGCCAGACCCGAAGGAUCUGAAUGAAAAUUUAGCUGCAACACAGGGCCUCGCUCAUAUGAUCAUAGAGUGCAACCGUCUCUUCGAGAUCCCUCAUGAGAUGGUUACUCAGUCGCGUAAUUCAUACGUCGAGGCUGACUUACAUGCACCAACAAUUGAUGAGCUGUGCAAGCAGCUGGAAGAUGAUGAUGGAACAUACCAAACACAUAUGGAAGGGAGACUUCAGAACCUGCUCAAAGAGGCCCGGGAAAAGUCCAAAUACUGGGUGUCAUGCAGCAGCUCAGAUAACACAGAGCUCUACUAUAAGAAGGUGGGAGAUGGGAACCCUCUGAGACGCUGGAGAGUUUCUGUGGAGGUGGAAGCACCACCGUCUGUAGUGCUGAACCGGGUGCUGCGAGAGCGCCACAUGUGGGAUGUGGACCUGCUACAGUGGAAAGUGUCUGAGACACUGGACAAGCAGACAGAGGUGUUUCAGUAUGUCCUCAAUCGUAUGCCUCCUCAUCCCAGCAGGGACUUUGUAGUUCUCAGGUCAUGGAGGACAGACUUGCCCAAAGGUGCCUGCUCCCUGGUUUCUGUGUCAAUAGAGCAUGAGGAUUGUCCUCCUGUUGGAGGGGUACGAGCUAUUGUCCUAGAGUCCAACUACCUGCUAGAGCCCUGUGGCUCUGGAAAGUCCAGACUAACUCAUAUCUGCAGAGUGGACUUAAAAGGAAGGAUGCCAGAUUGGUAUAACAAAGCCUUCGGUCACCUUUGUGCCGCAGAAGCUGCCAGGAUCCGUAACUCCUUUCAGCCACUAAUCACAGAUGGCCCAGAGACCAAAAUCUGAAACUCUUUGCCAGAGUUGUGUCUGCUCAGCCUUGAGAUCAAGAUUGAGCCUUUGAGUCAUUGCUUACAGGCAGGCUUAAAGUAUGGACAGGACCCCAGAACUAAAGCACAGCUUAUUCAGUUUUGUUUUUUUUUUUUUGUACAAAUGCUCUAAAAAUAAUUUUGAGCUCCUCUGUACUUGCACAAUGACAAAAGAGGACAUCUUAUAGGUGCUGAGCAUAAUUACUUAUUGGGAAAUUAAUCAUCCUGCCGAUAUUGUUAGCAUUAGAAUUUUAUUUACCUUGAUGUUGCUAAACCAAUAUAUUGUAAUAAUUAUUAUCUUUGAUAAUGUUAUUAUAUUACUGUUGCUAUAAUCUACAAUGUCUAGGACAUUCAAGCUCUUAAAGGCUUCUGGGAAGCAUGUUAUUCAUUUUAGAUUUAAAGCUAUAAUUAUUGUUAUGUACACUCAAGUGUCUGUAUAUAUAUGUGUGAAUAUACUGUACAUGCAAACAAGAUGUAUAUAUUGUAGAUAUGUGAGGGGAUAAAUAGUACAUAUGUUAAUUUCCUAUAUAUUGAUUCUUUCACUGUGCCAACCUUCCUGUAAUACACACGGUACAAAGUUGUAAGCUGGUUUUACUUUGCUUCAGUAUUGCCAUUUUUUAAUGGGUGUAAUUUUAUUCAACUUUGACCUCCUGUGGUUGUGAAAAGAAUGACUUAAGGUUUGACUUGAUCAUACCUGCUCUAAGGUACUGGAUAGUGCAGUGUCAAGUACAAGAGACAUCAUUUUUUAAUAAAAAUGUCAAAAUGAUCAAAUUUCAGUAUGCACUGAUUCUUAAUCUUGCUGCUACACCAAGAAACACGACCUUUAAAUUAUUCAGUAAUGGACAUCUGUUGACCUGUGAAGGAGUCUCAAUACCUGUUGGCACAGUUGAUAUCAAAUAGUGUCAGAAAUGUUUACAUUCAGCAAUUGAGUAUGUUCAUUCAUAGACACAGUCAAAGAAUUUAGCUUAAAACACAAUUCUCUGUGAUCUGGGAUGACAGGGACCUCUACAGGCCAUAUGGAGGAAACACAUGACUGCAGGCAGUCCACAUGGGUGAACAGAAUUUAAUGGGCACCUUUCUGUCCCAUAUCUCAUUUGUGUUACAAACACACACAGCGGUGAUUCAAAAUUAAAAGCAAAUGAAGACUGCAAAUAUUUUUUCUAGCAUUGUUGUGCAAAUUGUAUGCAAAAGGAAAACCUUGGGCUGAAAACAUAAACCCGACUAUCAUUUUUGUCCACUAGAUGGCUCUUUCUGAUCAGCAGGAUGUGCAUGUUUACUGUGGCCACAUUUAUUUUCCCCGAUGACAGUGUGAAAUUAAAUUCCCAUUUUCAUUUUUUAGUUCUUUUCAACAGGCAGUAAGAUAAGAAAAUAGAUAUCCACUGCUAAGACAUCUAACGGAAAAAUAUUCAAAUAAAUUUUCGGUGAUGGCCUGAAAAAUUAUCACCAUCUGGGAUCUAUUAAAAACCUGACUGAGAAAAGGUUAGUGGUAGCUCAGAUAUGAUGAAAGUGUUUAAAAGGAUCAUUCACCAAAACUAUAACAGAAUGCAGUAAGAUGCUGCUGUGGCUUUGCCAAAACAAUCAAAUGAAAGGCAGCUAUCCUUCGGCUGUAAGUUGCUGAGUCUGGAUCUAUUCCUCUGAUUCAGUUCCCUAUAUAUGCUCUUAUUGUGUGAAAGGCCAAGUCAAGCCCCCUUCACUGACCUCUAUUCAACCAUAGCUGGCUCUAUGUUUCUCAUUGGAAUGAGGACUAGCAAGCUUAACAGACAGGACAGGGGGGAUUGAGUUCCUGGUUGUUAUUUCACACUGAAAGAACAUUAUUAAAAGCACUGUCAUGCUGGAAUAACAGAAUAAUAACAUGCAAAGGACUAACUCCCUUGUGGACACAAUAACCAUAAAGCAUUUGUGACUAAUUUAAUGCAGACUGUGAAUUAAGCUGCCAUUUCAUUUCUUUCAACAAUUGAUUAAUAAUUGAUUAAUGAAAUGAUAUUUCAUGUACUCACAGGUGAGCGGGCUAAACCAUCUGAUUACCUAUGGAAUUAUUCUGCAAUGCAUUACAACACAAAUUAAAACAAAUUAAGUUUUUAAACUGCAUGGCAUACAUGAUAGCUGUAUAAAGCCUGACAUUACUUUUCCCUCUUUUGAAGCCAUGCUGACACAGAUCAGCAUAAUGAGGUCAUGAAAUGCAAGCUCAGCUUCUGGCUGUCAGUCAGGACGAUAGACAGGAUUGUUGCCAAGCUGUCAGUGUCAGUCUCUUUUAUAUAACCACUAGAACUUGGUGGCU